AAAAUGACGAGAUGAGUCAAGAUUCUUAUUGCUUAGAGUCCAGUUCUACAUGUACAGAACAAAAAUGUUUAUGUACUGGUCCCCUAGAAUCAUGUACAGUGUGUAAACAAGUGUACAAGAAUGGUAUUCUUGGUUCUUUACCAAGUAUGUAUUUAGAUGCCGCGUUGUACAAGGAAUCUGCUGAUACUGGAAUCCGGAUCGGAAAACCUGAUGUUUGUGACAGCAUAGAAUCCGAGGAUACAUCUAGUCUAGUUCUCUCUACUUCUAGUUCUAUGUCGCUAAUAGAACACAAGAUACAGGAGAUACAGGACGGUUCAACAAAACUCUUUGGGAGGAGAAACCAUCCAAACCAAAACUCUUCACAGUGUUUCAAGAAAUCGACUUCAACUUGGAAGGAGUCUGCAGAUUGUGAGUUUACUGAUACUUGUGGAUUAAGGAAUGCAAUGAGUGAUAUAAUAAGUGAUGGCAAAAGUGAUCUAAAAAUUGUUGAACCUGGUGAUCUGCGUACUCAUGAAACUAAUGAUCAUUGUAUAACUAGUGAUCAAUCCUCUCUCUAUAUCGAGCUAAACCACUCCCCUACCCUAUCUCAUGUCGAACAAUCUUCCUCAACUAAAAAACUGAUGAAAAAUUCAAAACAUUUAUCUAGACAUUUACACCAUGAUGAACUCUUCCUACAUUCCUCCAGCAGAGAGAUAUCUACCAGAGAUCAUGCCGGUCAAACGGACGAAAUCAUUCCAGAGAUCUAUUUAGAGAUCAAUUCUAUAAUCAAGCCUGAAAUCAAUCUGAAAAUGGAUCUUGACGAGGAGAACUCACAUCAUGUUUUCAUAUCCAGUGAAAAGGAGUCUCUCAUGGCAAAGGAAGACGAUAUUACGAACCUUCAUAGAGCUGUUCUUCCAGGCUUAGAAGAUAUAAAUAAAGCUGAGGAAGAUGAGAAGAUAAGUAUAGAAAUUCAAGGUGAACAAAAUGACGGGAAAACAAAAACUGAAAAUGGCGGGAAUGACGGGAAAGUGGAAAAGACUGAAGCAGAAAAGACUAAAGAGGAAGAAGAUCAAGAAGAAAUUGAGGAUUUAGAUGAUUUUGUUUACAUUCAAGGCAAUGUUUCCUUGAAGAUGAAGAAGCUGCAAGCUCAGCACUCUACAGACAGUUGUCUCUGCUGGGACGAUAAUCUGUAUUCCCAGUUUGAGAGGCAGUCUAGCUGGACGAGCUACCACACCCACCUUAUUGAUAAAGACAGGGGCGUUCCCACAACAGUUAGGAAAAAAUGGCUUGAGAAGUUGAUCACAGGAGGUCUAUUAUUCAUAUCUACAGCUGUACUAGUGCUGCUCUUCUACGUUCAGAAUUCUAAAUAUCAACUAAAUUUUGGAGACCACAGCUAGACUAUAAUACACUGAAUAGAAACAUUUAAUAUUUUGGAAAAAUACAAUUGUAUAACAAGGAAAAAGUGAAAGUACUGUAUUCUUUAAAUAAAGAAAUAUAAAGAGGAUUUUUUAAUUUGUACCUGUUAUUACACAAAAUCUUAAAAUUACAAAUUCUUGAUCUCAUUUAGAAUAUAAAACAACGCCAAUAAUUCCAACAGUUAUGUUCAGCAAAAGUAUAACCAGUCACUAAACUUUUUGAACUUA